ACUGUCAUGUGUAAGCUUAGCCAUUUGUUAGCAACACACACACUGUAUGGCCUGACUUUGCAGAGCAGUGGGAAUGAAUGGUUGUCAGUUGGUCUGUCCUUUGCUCAUAUAUUUCACGAAUGAAACAGCCUAGUGUUUGUGUCUGUGAGGCUGCUGAAAGAAAUGAAGUACCUUCAGGGCCAGAGUUAGUGAAGAAGGGUCUCCUGGUUGAUGGUGUUGAACAGGGAGAGAUUCUUUAUUCUGAAUUGGCCAAAAUACUUCCUCAUCCAGCAUGUGGCUUACACGGCUAACCUCACGCAUUGCUACGGCUACAAGACUUGCAGGAUGCUUCGCACCAAGGAGUUGCUCAACGUUUGUGAAGCGCAAACUUCUUUGUGCAGGUUACAGCUCUCAACUGACUCAGAGACAGCAGGUUCCCCCACAUAACUGGUUGAGCUUGGAGCCAGAGCUCGAUGACAUUCUGGUACCACGCAUGAUGUCCGUAAGCCCUUUGGAAAGUUUACUUACUAGCUGUUACUCUCUGCCCAAGCCUGAGGUUGUAAAAUCUCAAAUAGAGCCACAGGAGCAAGAGAAUUCCUAUACCUGCCCAACGCAUCAGAAUGAUAAAGAUAUGGAUGAGAACGCAAGCGAGCAGAAUAUAGUACAGUGUAAGAAUGUCCUGAAGAUUCGACGGAGAAAGAUGAACAAACACAAAUACAAGAAGUUGCAAAAGCGCAUGAAAUUUUUAAAACGUAAGAUAAGGAAUGGACGGCGGCACAGGCAGCAGGCACGAUUCGAAAAAGACUUAAAACGCAUCUGGAAGAAGGCUGGACUAGAGAAAGCACCAGAUGGUUGGCAGGUUCCAAAGAUUUAUGUAAAAUAUUGAUUUCAGGGGCAUUGAAGAACUCGUUACUAUUAUUUUUGGCACAGAGAAUACAGUUAUGAGAGAUUUAAAUGCACCGCAUUGCCUAAUAUACAAACUCAUGGCAGCAGCAAAUAUUCCAGCUACCUUGAUAAUUGAUUGGGAAGCGCCGGCAGUUAUUCAAAAGGAACUUUACCUAAUCACCUUUGUACACCAAGGACCAUUUUUAUCUUAUUUAUGCAACAUUGACUCUGGCACGUGUAUCUGGUACUGGUGAAGACUUCCAACAUCCUGACUUCUUCAGGGUUUAUCUCAAUGUGAUAUCCAGGAAAAUAGUACUAUUCGUGGUGAUUUGUAAUAUUUCAUCACACAGCAGAUUUAGGCAGUGUGCAUUUUUUGCUGUUGCAUGUCAAUAACUUUGUUUCCAGCAUAAACUCCAAGUUGUGCUAAAAUAAAUGGUUUGUAAGAUAA